UGAAUUACAGUUUUCUUCUUUUUUAUAUUUGUAAGGAAAAUGUAACUCGAUUUUAUAUAACUUUCUUGCAAGUUGCUGUUAUUAUUUUCAUUGCUGUAACUCGUAACAUAUGUACCUGGCGUCGAAUUUGUAAUCUGUUACAAGAUAUAAUACUUCGUACAUGUACUGCAAUAUUUUACAUUAAUAAAAACUAUAAAGAGUACAUCAGUGAAACAAGAUGAUUCUUAUAAAGAUUAGAACGUCCUUAUUUAGUGCACGUUUUGCACGAAAACGGAUAUUGAGAAGAUUAAUCACAAACAACAGCACAGAAAAAUUUGAUGUGAUUGUUGUCGGUGGCGGUCAUGCUGGAACUGAAGCAUCUGCAGCUGCUGUCAGAAUGGGUGCAAAGACACUAUUAGUUACUCAGAAGAAGAGUACUAUAGGAGAGAUGUCGUGUAAUCCGUCUUUUGGUGGAAUUGGAAAGGGCCAUCUGAUGAGAGAAGUGGAUGCUUUGGAUGGAGUAUGUUGUCGAAUAUGCGAUAUUUCAGGAAUACAUUACAAAGUUCUGAACAAGAGCAAAGGACCGGCGGUUUGGGGUCUCAGAGCUCAAAUCGAUAGGACAUUAUACAAAAAACAUCUUCAAGCUGAACUCUUCAAUAUGCCUGGCUUACAUAUCUACGAAUCUUCCGUGGAAGAUCUGAUUUUAGCGAAUGAUCCUUUAUCAUGCAGUGGAGUAAUUCUAAAAGAUGGAACGAAGAUAUCUAGUGAUGCGGUAGUUAUAACCACAGGCACUUUUUUGAAAGGCCAAAUAAACAUCGGAUUGGAAAAAAGACCAGCAGGUAGAUUAGACGAUGAACCCAGUAUUGGUUUGGCAAAUACAUUAGAUAGACUUGGAUUUCGAAUAGGAAGAUUGAAGACUGGCACACCACCAAGGCUAGAAAAAGAAAGCAUCGACUUUACUAAGUGUGCGGUAUAUUUAGCGGACAAUUCUCCUAUACCGUUCUCAUUUAUGAAUGAUAAAGUAUGGUUACCACCCGAUAAACAAGUACUAACACAUAUAACGUAUACGAAUGAGAGCGUCGCGAAAAUCAUAAAAGAUAAUAUGCACUGUAAUUUGCAUGUCACAGAGGAAAUAUCGGGUCCACGAUAUUGCCCGAGCAUAGAGAGCAAGAUUUUGCGAUUCAAAACGCAUAAACAUCAAAUCUGGCUGGAGCCGGAAGGCCUGGACUCGCCAUUGAUUUAUCCGAGCGGAUUGUCGUGUACUUUACCGGAAGAGAAGCAAGUAGAACUUGUUAAAUGCAUCCCAGGAUUGGAAAACACUCGUCUAGUAAGACCUGGUUACGGUGUCGAGUACGAUUACAUAGAUCCCAGAGAAUUGACCUCUCAAUUGGAGACGAAAAUUCCGGGUUUAUUCCUCGCGGGACAAAUUAACGGUACAACCGGUUACGAGGAAGCUGCCGCGCAGGGCAUCGUCGCAGGUGUUAAUGCAGCCGCUAAGGUGUUUAAGAAACCGCCACUUCUGAUAAGUCGAACUGAGGGUUACAUCGGCGUCCUCAUCGACGAUCUAACGACGGAAGGCACCACAGAGCCCUACAGAAUGUUCACCAGCAGGUCGGAGUUUCGAGUGAGCCUGCGGCCCGACAAUGCUGAUCAGAGAUUGACCGAGAAGGGUUAUAUGAUUGGCUGUGUUUCGGACGAGAGGAUCAACAAGAUGAGAGAGACUCUUAGCAGGAUGCAGGAAACUAUACAGAUACUUAAGAGUGAAGUGCAGUUGUUAUCCAAGUGGCGAAAAUUGUUAAAGAUGAAAGUUUCUAAAAACUGCGGCCCUAAAUCGGCCUUCGAGAUGUUAUCCAUGACGAAUGACAAAAUGACGUUUGCGCGAUUAAAGAAGGCAUUGCCACACUUAUUAGGCCAUCUGGAUGGAGAUUCCACUCUGGCAAAAAGAAUAGAGAUAGAGGCAACAUACGCUCAUGUCGUUGCUGAUCAGCAACAUGAAGUAGACGAUCUAAGGAGAAACGAGCAAAUGAUUAUACCCGCUGAUAUUAACUAUAAUAGUCUUGAAUUAAAUUUAUCUAAUGAAGAUCGAGAGAAACUCAGGAAGCAUCUUCCACACACGAUUGCGGCAGCCAAUAAAAUUUCUGGCGUAACACCUUCAGCUGUAUUAAGGUUACUUAAUUAUAUUAGACAUCAACAAAAUCUUGGAACAUAAUGCUUUAUUAUAAUAAUGAGAAAUAAAUAAAACUUCUAUGUUA